AUGGAUGUAAGAGUCACUGUAGAGGUGGUUACUCGGGGACAGUGGGGAGCAGCAGCCCCUCAAUGCCGGGAGACCCUCAAGUAUCCUGCUCAAAGAGUUAUCAUACACCACACAGCACUGCAUUGCGGGGGCAUCCAAGAAUGUAUGGACCAGCUCAUCCACAUACAGAGAAUGCAUAUGCAGGAUAGGAACUUUGAUGACAUUGGAUACAACUUUCUUAUUGGGGGAGAUUGCACAGUGUAUGAGGGCCGUGGUUGGGGUGUUGUGGGCACACAUACCAAGGGCAACAACCACAACUCUUUGGCCAUUGCCUUCAUGGGCAACUUCAACAAUGAGAGCCCCAGUCCAGCAGCCAAGUCAUCUGUUAAACAGCUCCUGCAGUGUGGGGUUUCCCAGGGACAUUUUCACCCUGUAUUUAUCCUACUUGGGCACAGAGACUUGAGGGACACCGAAUGUCCUGGGGACUAUAUGCUGCACUAAAACAUCUCAAAUUUCCCUGAACAUAACAUCAUCCACAGACUCAAUUGCUACUGGUUCGAAAGACAGAGAAUUGGCUGGUGGAAGAGAUUACCCAGAAUAUCGUAGCCAUGGCCGAUACUAGCAGGGUUACCUAAACUCGGUCCUGGAAAUUGAUGUGGCAAUUGAUGUGCAAACAGAUUCUGAAAUUAUUGCCACCCAUUCACAGUGUAAUUGUAGAGGUCAAAUAUUAAAGUUGUAA